AGCAAAGUCAAGAAAGAAGAGCAGAGAAGAGAACAGAGGUUUCAGUGAUGGAGCAACCAAACCAAUGGCUCACGCAGACGGAACAGGAGGAGCUCGCGUACAUGUACCAGCAAGAAGGGGUUCCCGUGCCCGGCAUGGACCAGCAGUUCGCAGAGCCACCGCUACCUGGCCAUCAAGAGCAGUACUACACGUCGCCGAUGGCGACCCCGUCGUUCCAUACAUCUCGCAGCUCCAAUUUCGCGAGCUUUGGAGGCUCGUCGUCAUUGCCGAACCUGCCGUUCGGUUCGGCGACGGUGAAGAACGAACUGGGGCAGCCGCCAUCGUCGAACUUCCUCUCCUUCGGCGCCGGCCAGGCUGGCACCCUGAACUUCUCCGGAGGCGCCUGGCAGCACGACGGCGUCGAAGGGACGAUGCAGCUGCAGGCGCCGGAGAGGCGGAGCAGGGCGCCGGCGAACGCGCAAGAGCACGUCAUCGCCGAGCGCAAGCGGCGGGAGAAGCUGCAGCAGCAGUUCGUGUCCUUGGCCACCAUCGUCCCCGGCCUCAAGAAGACGGACAAGAUCUCUCUGCUGGGGAGCACCAUCGAGUACGUGAAGGAGCUGGAAGACAAGGUGAGGGCCCUGGAGGAGCAAGGCUCGCGGAGGUCGUCGGAGUCCACCACCGUCUUCGAGAGCAAGUGCCGCAUAUCCGCCGCCGACAACGACGCAGCAGGACCCAGCGGAUCCGGGGACGCCGAGGAGUCGAGCCCGGCCGUCGAGGCCAGCAUCCGGGGGCACACGGCGCUCCUGAAAAUCUGCUGCAAGGAGAGGAGAGGGGUGCUGGUGAUGGUCCUCUCCGAGCUCGAGAACCAGGGCCUCUCCAUCAUAAACACCAACGUCGUCCCGUUCACCGACUCCUGCCUCAACAUCACCAUCACGGCCAAGGCAAGGCAUCUCUCCGUUGUGCAAAUGCGGCUGUAA